UUCGCCCGUCGCCGGAACUGCGAGCUCUCAGCGGGAGCCCAGACGGUGCAGGGCCCAAGAAGCGCCUUCUUUCCCUGCCUGCGCCCCGAUGCUGCGCGUCCUGUGCCUCCUGCGCCCCUGGAGACCCCUUCGGGCCCGCGGCUGCGCUUCCGACAGUGCGGCCGGGAGCUCCGAGAUCCAAGUGCGCACCCUGGCGGGUCCGGACCAAGGGAUCACUGAGAUUCUGAUGAACAGACCUCGUGCCCGCAAUGCCUUGGGGAACGUCUUCGUCAGUGAGCUGCUGGAAACUCUGGCCCAGCUGCGGGAGGACCGGCAAGUGCGUGUCCUGCUCUUCAGAAGUGGAGUGAAGGGUGUGUUCUGUGCGGGUGCAGACCUGAAGGAGCGGGAACAGAUGAGUGAAGCAGAGGUGGGGGUGUUUGUCCAGCGACUCCGGGGCCUGAUGAAUGAUAUCGCAGCCUUCCCUGCACCCACCAUUGCGGCUAUGGAUGGGUUUGCCUUGGGUGGAGGCCUGGAGCUUGCCCUGGCCUGUGACCUCCGAGUGGCAGCUUCCUCGGCCAUCAUGGGACUGAUUGAGACCACGCGAGGGCUCCUCCCGGGGGCAGGAGGGACUCAGAGGCUGCCACGCUGUCUGGGCGUGGCCCUGGCAAAGGAGCUCAUCUUCACAGGCCGAAGACUGAGUGGAACAGAGGCCCAUGCACUGGGGCUGGUGAAUCACGCUGUGGCCCAGAAUGAGGAGGGUGACGCCGCCUACCACCGGGCACGAGCACUGGCCCAGGAGAUCCUGCCCCAGGCCCCCAUUGCUGUGCGGCUGGGCAAAGUAGCCAUUGACCGAGGAAUGGAGGUGGACAUUGCAUCUGGGAUGGCCAUUGAAGGGAUGUGCUAUGCCCAGAACAUUCCCACCCGGGACCGGCUAGAGGGCAUGGCAGCCUUCAGAGAGAAGCGGCCCCCCACAUUUGUUGGUGAAUGACCCCCAUUUUAACCUUCAGCCUGGGAGAUGCAUGCCCUGAAGAGCAGGAUCCAGAAGCAAGAUUUGUGGCCGGACUGCCUUCAUUAUUUCACCUCUCCAGGCUUCCGUUUCUUCACAAGGAUGAUAAUGGAGAUAAAAUGGCUGGCGUGAUGCCUAGAACCAAGGUGCUGAUCCUACCACCUACUGCUGCCUUCCUUAGCUUCACCCUGGCUAGAAAUAAUCACAAGGGUUGGGUUUGCUUUGGAAAAUGCCUGUCUCUCUACUUGAAUGAUAAAGAAUUAAAUUAGAUCUCUCUGA